AUGGCACCAGCUAAUGUAGAGGACAUUGGGCCAAAUAUUCCUGAUGACACAGGCGCCCAGGCUGCAGAGGAUGAGGAUGAGGGAUUUCUGGGGGGUCCGAGCGACCCAUCCGAGCGUCCUAAGUUGAAGUUAUCCUCUCACGGGAGGAAGGUCCAUAGUUUAGGCAGACCUGUCCCUACCAUUGAGGGACUAGUUGCUGGGACAGGACUAAGUCCUCUGAUCACGUGUUCGGUAGACACUGGCGAUCGGGGACUUUUGUCCUCGUUUGUCGAGCGGUGGCACCGGGAGACGUCUUGUUUCCAUCUCCCCGUGGGAGAGGUGACGAUCACGCUGGACGACUUCUUGUCGCUUCUGCAUUUGUCCGUGGUUGGUGACUUGCACGCCUUUCAGCCCUUGCACGUGGAUGAUGCGGUUCAAAUGCUGGUGGACUUAUUGAUGGUCUCUGCAGAGGCUGCCAGGGCUGAGACAGGGCAGUGUUGUGGACCGUACGUACGGCUGCAAUGGGUACGUGAUAUCUAUGAGCGCCGAUGCCAGGCAGGUCAUUGGACAGUUGCGGCUCGCGCAUAUCUUCUUCAUCUUUUGGGUUGCAUUCUGUUUGCUAACAAGAGUGCAAGCAAUGUUCAUGUUGUGUAUUUGGAGGCCCUUCGUGACCUCAGUCAGACCGGGAGGUACGCCUGGGGAGUAGCUGCACUGGUGCAUAUGUACGACCAGUUGAACGAUGCUUCUAUCAGUAGCAGCCGACAGCUUGGCGGUUACAUCACACUGCUGCAGGACUACGAUGAGGAUUCAUCGCGUGCCUGUAGGUGGAUUGCUAUGAAGAAGAUCGUGAAGAGCAUACGUACACCGGCAUACAUGGAGUGCCUGGACCGACUCCGGAUUCCGGAUGUCUGUUGGAUCCCAUAUAGGGAGCACCGACCGGUCCGGGACUUCCAUAUGAUUUCAUGCUAUUCCGAUCUCUUGCGCUGGGGGCCCGUUGCUAUGUAUUACUGGCCAGAGAGGGUCAUGCGGCAAUUUGGAUACAUCCAGACCAUUCCUGCUCCGCCUAUCGAUUCAAGGAUGUCGUAUGAUGAUAUACACAAUAGGUGGAUGCACUAUUCGGAUCAUAUGAUUCUAGCAGGUGAGGUGUGCGUUGUGUCAGGUCAGUGUGUCAACGACUACAUGGACUGGUUCUUCCGCAUCUCGCAUCCUUUCAUGACACCAGGCCAGGCAUCAGAUCCUCUGCCAGAUGGUCAUGCUCCGCAGGCUCGAGUCAUCCCUCAGGCCUCAAAGACAGAUAUCCCUCACGUGCUGGAGCCAAGAGCACCAUCGACAUCUGCGAGGCUUGCUGUGGAGGAGCCUAGACAUGCAGUGGAAGUUUGUCAUGGGAUUGCUGAGAGGUUGGAGCGCCAUCUGAGCCUAGGGGUGGUUAUGUCAGGCUCAUCGACACAUGAGGUGAUUGAAGAAUGCCUCAGGAUGACCAGAAGUGUCACAUAG